CAUGUCAAACUGGCAACUGGCAAACGUUUGUAUUUGUUUUUAUUGUACCCACAUUAUUAUUAUUACCACAAAUUAUCUUAAGUUUUUUACCUUUAAUAGUUUUUUAGUUGUAUUUUCCGAACAUUUUGUUGAUGAUUUUAUGUAGUUUUUAUAUAGAUAUUAUAUAAUAUAGAUUCAUUUUCCCUCAAGGAGUCUGAAUUAACCUAGAGAGGAUAAAGUUUUCCAAACAUUUUCAGGGUUUGGAAGAGCAAAUGUUUGAGCUGCGUGGGUUUUAUUUCGAAGAUCGUUUAUUAUGGACCAAGUUUCUUUUGCAACACUUUUGGAGCUUCCCAGACGAUUUUGAUAGUAGCAUCAGUUCUUCUUCUACAGCAAAAUACCUAAACGUCACAUUAACGUGCCAAAUGUAAAAGUUAAAAAGCCGAAAAUCGAAAAAGUGUCGGUGCUGGAGAAGCUACCCAAUAAACCACAAUCUUUACAGCUACGUCCUUACGCACAUGCGACGUACUGGGAGAAAUCUGGCAACACUGUCUUGCGCAUUAACUCUUCCUCUGACCACAGCAUUGGGGGGUGAUUGGGGCAUCCAACGGGCUGUCGACUGUCAGAGAACGAGAACUACGAACGUACGAAGAACUCAAGUGAAGAACUACUGUGAACUCCGUCUGUCAGUGUCACUGUUUGCUAGGAUGCUAUUGGUAUUGCUAUUUGCUACCUGCUAGUCUGUGUAAACGUAGACAGACGUGUUGCGUGUUGUAUACCCAUUGCGUGUACCGAAGUGUGUUGUUGCCAUGGACAAUCUUGAUCUUGAACUAUUUAUUGGUGAAAUAGAAAAGCGACCAUCUUUGUGGGAUUCAUCAUCAGAUGAUUACAAAAACAGACAGCUUAAAGGAAACGAUUGGAAGGAAGUAUGCGAAAAUAUUAUAGACAAUUUUAAUGAAAAAGAUGACCUAGAACAGCAGGCAAUUAGUAAAGCAGUUCAAGUUAAAUGGAAAAGUCUUAGAGAUGCUUUUAUUCGUAGCAUUCGUCAGGCUAAGGGGAAAAAAACAUACGUACAUGCUAAACAAUUAGGAUUUUUACGAAAGGUGAUGAUUGAUUCCAAUCAGACAGAGAGGUCACUGCCAAGCACAUCAAGGGAGAGCCAAGGCGAUACCGAUGUUUCAAAUGAUCCUAAUGAUUUGCAAAGUACUCCAUCAUAUGUCGAAAAUACUGAGUUAGAUAGCCAAAGAGAAACUGGACGAACUCGUAGUAGAAGUGAUGUCAAUAGAAGAAAGAAAUCAUCUUUAGAAAGUAAACUUCUAAAAUAUAUUGAUUCCCAGAAUAGGCAGCUAUCAGUUAUUCAAAGUCAACCACAAGAAACUGAUGACAUGGCGUUUUUUAGAUCAUUACAACCCAGUUUAGAUAUACUCACCCUGAAUGAUAAAUUAAACUUUCGAAUAGAAGUAAUGGAGUUGUUAGGUCGCCAUAUCAACAAACAACCAAAUCGUUAUACGCAUAAUUUUACUAAUCAUAUACCUCGUUACCAACCACAGCAAUAUCCAGUAAGGGCCAACCACUCAAAUAAAGGUUUUAGUACUCCAAUACCUUCACCCGCAUCAUAUCCUAUAGUAUCAUCUGAGAUCACACCUCAUCUACCUACUACAUAUACUAUUGAACCGCUAAUUGUGACGUCGCCACAACCGCCAUCUUCUCCGACAGAAUCGGAAGAUUCAAUAAUUUCACAAGCUGAGUCACUAAUAUCACUGUUUUGAAAUAAAUAAUAUGUAUGAACUGUG